AAUUGCUUCAGUUCGACAAUUUGAUUCUAUCGUAAACAGACUUGUGUUCUAACAGUUAUAUCAGUAUGAUGUUGAAGGGUAUAUUUUUCCUGUUUGGGGUAUUAUCAUUGGCUGCUGGUGACACGUAUCUCGUUGAAGAUCAGUUUGGUUCAGAGUAUCUCAUGGUUCCAAUGCCUCUUCAACGACAACGAAGACAAACAUCUGUAGAUAUCAAAAAGAAUCCAGGAGGUACACAGGUGACUUUGGGACAUAAGGGAACUAUUUUUGAAAACGACAAACAUCUAGUUAGUGGAGGAGGUUUUGUUUCCAAACAAUUCAAGCCAACUGGUCCAACAACAUUAGGAGGAGGUCUUGGCUAUGAACAUAAACCAUCAGGUUCUGGAAUAAAUUUGGGUGCUUCUAACACUCGUGGUUUUGGAACCGAUUUCUCUGCUACAGGAAAUGCCAAUUUGUGGAGAUCUAACGAUGGAAACACAAGAGUAGAUGCUUAUGCUAACUACGACAGACAUUAUGGAGGUCCAUGGGGUACUGGAAGGCCCAAUUAUGGAGGAGGGCUACAAUUUUCACACAGAUUUUGAUAUUAGUCUGAAAAAUAGUUUCAAAUAUGGGAGUCUCCAUUUAUUGAAAUAUUUGUAAAAUCAACAAUACACUGACAAAAACUGUUCAUUGUAUUAAGGAAUGGCAAUCAUCAACUUGAAAUAUAAUGUAUUGUUUCUCCAAUAUAAUGAAAUUUUAUUACUUAA